AUACAACGCUGUGUGAACACUGAAAAAAACACAGAUGAGAACUCAGAAGCUAUAGUUUAAAAAAAAAAAAUGGAUUUCUCGGAGAAGGACCUUUUCGGCGAAGAUUCCGACAACGAACAAGAUGGGACCCGCUCAACGUCGCCGUCGUCGUCCUCCUCUUCUUCCGCUUCAUCCUCAUCCUCGUCCUCUGCCUCUACCUCCAACGGCACUGAAGGUGAAGGCGGCGGCGGCGCCAACUCGACCUCCUCCGGCAGCGGAACGGCAAGCAGCGGCGCCGCCGCUGGAGAUGACGAUGACGAAAACGGCGAUGAGGUGGAGCAAAGUAACAAGGCUUCUUACGCUAAUUAUAACGAUCAUGAUGAUGAGUAUGAAGAUAAAGAUCUGUUUGGCUCUGACAAUGAAGAUUAUUGUAAAACCCUUGUCAAAAGCCCUUACCCUAUUCCCGUGUUGCCUGCCAUUCGCAACACGAACAAUCAGGGUAGAGGGGGUUUUGGUGGCCGCGGUCGUGGUCGCUGGCAGCCGGGACAUCAGAAUGAUAGAGGCGCCGGCCUUCUUCCUCGUCCUGGACCAUAUCCCCAGAGGCAAAAUUUUGGGUAUGGAAACAGGUUUUCCAAUGGUCGCCACGAUGAACGGUUUGUCUCUGAAAUGAAGCUGUCUAAGAGCGAAGAAACUCUGUCAAGAAAGUGCAUUGCUUUUCAGGAGCCUUGUGAAAUUGCCUGUUAUAGUCGUGUAGAAGGUGGACAAGUAUUUUUCGAUGAUCGUAGUGUGAGGCUUUUUAAGCGUCUUAUCUCUGAAGAUGUUGGGGCUGAUUUGAAUGAAGGUUAUGAUACAUUCAUUCCCAAACAAGACUUAGGGUCAGAAGGCUUUGGUGACCUUCUUGCUUGCAUUAGAGACAAAGGUAUCCAACUUCAAAACAACAUUCAUUUUGUGACAUUCCGCAACAAUCUUAACAAGAUUAUGGCUACAGCAUAUAUCCGACAUGAGCCUUGGGAAAUGGGGGUGCACAAAAGGAAUGGUGUUGUCUAUCUUGAUGUACAUAAACUACCAGAAAGACCACAAAGUGAUUUAGAUCGCAGGAGAUGUUAUUGGGGAUAUUGUUUUGAGAGCCUUGCCACUGAAGAUCCUACAAGAGAUGAUGGAGAGGGGAUACAUCAUGUCAAUGCCAAUGUUGAAUUUUGUACUGUGAUUAAGACAAAAUUAGGGGCCCACCGG